AUGAAGGCCAGAUAUUUUUAUUUUACAGUCCAUUCUGCUAGUGACCUCCAAGAUGUUCGAGAAUUCGGUCGAAUGAAAGUUUAUGCAAAGGUUUCAAUAGCAGGAAAGACAAAGUGCACAGAAGUGGAUCGUUUGAACGAGACGAAUCCUAAGUGGAAUGCCAGACUUUGCUUCAUUGUGCCCGAGAAAGAUAUCAUAAAAGGGAGUACUAUUCCUUCUAAGAUUGAGCUGUUUUGCAAAAGGACUUUCUCACAUGAUAAAUACGUCGGGGAGCUGCUCGUUUCUCUAGCUCCUCGUUAUAAAGGAGAAUGUACUUUUCCAGUGCGCAGAAAUGAUUCAAAUGAGAGCAAAAGUUUUGGAACUUUGACGUUUUCGCAUGCUUUAGGAGAUAAAUUCAUAGUUGCUAACUCCUCCUCCUCCUCCUCAUCAUCAUCUGUAAAGGAUAACAAUCUGUUAAUUGAUAUAAUUAAUAUUGGAGUGGAUCUAGCGAAUAUUGCAAUGGCUACAGAAGAAGAAGAAGAAGAAGAUUAUGAUGAUGAUGUGGAGGAGGAGGAGGAAGAUUUGCUUUAA